AUGCCCCCAUCGUCUUUUUUUUUGGAUAAAACUUUUGUAUUGGUUACUGUAGUUUUUGUUUGCCGAUCCCUUCCUCCCUCCCCGUCAUCGCUUCUCCUCCCCUACUCACCACCUGUUGCCUCACCCUCCCAUACCACCCACCUCGUCAUCGCCACUCCCUCCCACCUUCCCAUCGCUGCUCCCUUCCACCCCGCCAUCCACUUUCCAUUCCACCUCGCCAUCCCCUCUCCCUCCCACCCACUAUCGCCGCUCCCUCCCUCCCGCCGUCUUCUCUCCUCCUCCCCGCCGUCGCCGCUCCCUCCCUCCCGCCGUCGCCUCUCCGUUCCUCCCGCCGUCGCCUCUCCCUCCUCCCCGCCGUCGCCUCUCCCUCCUUCCCACCCGCUGUCGCCGCUCCUUCCUCCCGCCGUCGCCGCUCCCUCCUCCCGCCGUCGCCGCCCUCCUUCCGCCGUCUCCGCUCCCUCCUCCCGCCGUCGCCGCUCCCUCCUCCCGUCGUCGCCGCUCCCUCCUCCCGCCGUCGCCGCUCCCUCCCACCCCGCCGUCGUCGCCUCCCCCGCUCAUCCCGCCGUCGCCGCUGACAGCAGCUGCACGAGCGCGAGCUGUGCGCUGGUGCCUAAAGCCUUGGCCCCGUGCGCGCUGGCGCCUUGCGCGCUGGCGCCGUGCGCGCUAGCGCCGUUCGCGCUGGCGUCUUGCGCACCGGCGCCUUGCGCGCCGGCGCCGUUCGCGCUGGCGCCUUGCGCGCUGGUGCUUAACGCACUGGCGCCUAUCGCGCUGGCAUCUUGCGCGCUGGCGCCGUGCGCGCUGGCGCUUAACGCGCUGGCGCCGUGCGCGCUGGCGUCUUGCGCGCUGGCGCCGUGCGCGCUGGCACCGUGCGCGCUGGCGCCUUGCGCGCUGGCGCCUAGCGCACUGGCGCCUAGCGAAUUGGCGCCUAGCGCACUGGCGCCUAGCGAAUUGGCGUCGUGCGCGCUGGCGCAGUACGCGCUGGCGCCUUGCGCGCUGGUGCCGUGCGCGCUGGCGCCGUGCGCGCUGACGCCUUGCGCGCUGGCGCCUAACGCGCUGGCGCCUUGCGCGCUGGCGCCUAGCGCACUGGCGUCUAGCGAACUGCCGUCUUGCGCGCUGGCGCCGUGCGCGCUGGCGCCGUGCGCGCUGGCGCCUAGCGCGAUGGGGCCUUGCACCCUGGCGCCAUGCGUGCUGGCGCCGUGCGCGCUGACGCCUAGCGCGCUGGCGCCUAGUGCGCUGGCGCCUAACGUGCUGGCGCCUUGCGCGCUGGCGCCUAAAGCGUUGGCGCCUUGCGCGCUGAUGCCUAGCGCCUUGGCGCCUAACGCGCUGGCGAUUAGCGCUCUGGCGCCAGGAGGCCGCGUGAAAGUGCGCACGUGA